GGGUCGCGUAGACCUGGCCCGGAUGCGGCGGCGGCGCAGGGUCCUCAGAGCGUGUGUGGGCGGCUCACUGGUGCCCGCCUCUUCGGUCGGGCCGUUGACCAGGAACUUUAAGCCCCGGCUCGGCCCCGGGAUGCUUCUCCGGCCCCGGCGGCCACCUCCGCUCGCGUCCCCCGCGCUGCCAUCGCCAACUAACCCCGACGCCGACCUUCGGCCUGCCGAGGACUGCCUGGGGACCCCUCUCGGGAGUCCAGCUACCCCGAGCGCGCUGGCGGAGCCCGAGUCGCCCAGGUCGCCCGUGUCCCCGGGCUCGGCACAGCGCACGCCCUGGAGCGCGCGGGAGACGGAAUUGCUGCUGGGCACGCUGCUGCAGCCGGCCGUGUGGCGCUCGCUACUGCUAGACCGCCGCCAGGCACAGCCUACCUACCGCCGCGUGUCGGCCGCGCUGGCCCGGCAGCAGGUGCGGCGUACGCCCGCGCAGUGCCGCCGCCGCUACAAAUUCCUCAAGGACAAGCUUCGCGACGCGCAGGGCCAGCCGUCCGGGCCCUUCGACGCGCAGAUCCGUGAACUCAUGGGGCUGCUGGGUGACCACGGACGGAGGCGGGUCCGCCGCCGUGCCCCCGGGCCUGGGCGCCCGCAGCGCGGCCGACGCCGGGCCACUGCCGUGCCCACGCGCUUCCUGGAGGAGCCAGGCCUCGCGCCGCAGCCAGCCACCAGGGACCCGGACGCAGACCCCGCCUGCCUGCUCAGGUUCAACCCGUCCUCGCCUAAAUCUGCGGAGCCUUGUUGCGCCUCCGGCUCCCCGACGGCGCACGCCCCGACAGCCCUCCGAACCUUCAUCCCGGAGCCGGGCCAGGUCCGGGGGUCCCCGCCCCCGCCGGACCCCGACCUCUCCCCGGAGGACCCCGACGCCCCGCCUUACCGCACCGACGACCGUGUACCCCCACAGCCCGCCCCGCCUUCGCUUAAUGCCUCUCUGCUUCAGACCUUAACACAUCUGGGUGACAUCGUAACAAUCUUGGGCCCACUGCGUGACCAGCUGCUAACCCUGAACCAGCACGUGGAGCAGCUUCGGGGCUCCUUCGACCAGACCGUGUCCCUAGCUGUGGGAUUCAUCUUGGGCAGUGCGGCCGCCGAACGGGGCGUCCUGCGGGACCCACGGGAGUGACACCCCGCCAGUGGCCAGCCACCCUGUCCAGGUCCAAGCUUCCUCUCCCUUGACCCCUUUUGCAGCAACCCCCACCCUACAUUAGGUAUGUUAAAUAAAGAGAUUGUUUUGCAGA